UAGAGAGCAAGAUAAAGGCAAACAAAAAGAACUACCUGAAUCAAGUUCUGAUUCUGAUGAAUUGGAAGUUGAAAAAGCUUCUAAUAAAAAGAAAAAUUAUCUUGUGGUAGUAGAGGACAAAGCAAAA